AUAUGCUGCCGUCCAUAUACGUGUUAAAGGUGAAUAAAACAGAAACAGGCAGAAAAGACAUACAAAUGGAUUCAAGGGCGGUGCUUUUCUGUACUGUUUUAAUACUAAUUUUAGGUCUGGUCGUCGACGCUGCUGUAACGGUCAGGGUAUUCAACGUCAUCUCUUAUGGUGCAAAACCUGAUGGAAAGACUGACAAUAGUAAGGCACUUUUGAGUGCUUGGGAUGAUGCGUGCAACUGGAAAGGUAAAGCAACGGUAUGGGUACCACAAGGGACAUACAUGGUUCGAGCCGUUAAAUUUAUUGGAUGGUGCGAGGGUCCCGUGACCUUCAAAAUCCAAGGGCUGCUAAAGGCUCCGACGGACCCUUCGUUGUUCAUGGGGGACACGUGGCUCGACUUCCGUUACAUUAAAGGCUUGGUGCUGGAAGGGGGUGGGACUUUAGACGGCCAGGGGGCUUGUGCUUGGCCCUACGAUGAUUGUAGCAAAAAUCCCCACUGCCCUAAACUUCCCGCGACGGUGGGGUUCCAGUUCGUGAGCAACGCCAUGGUGCAGAAUAUCCAUUCAAUCGAUAGUAAGAACAUCCAUUUCGACGUCUUUGCUUGCAAUGACAUGGUGUUUAAUGGCGUGACACUAACCGCCCCGGGCGAUAGCCCGAACACCGAUGGCAUCCACAUUGGAUUAUCGAAAAACAUCCGAAUCUCUCAGUCAGUCAUCGGCACCGGGGAUGAUUGCAUAUCCAUGGUCUCGGGCUGCCAGAACAUUAGCGUCGACAAUGUGUCAUGCGGUCCGGGUCAUGGUAUUAGUAUUGGAAGUCUAGGGAAAUCCAAAAACGAAUUUGUGAGUGAUAUACAUAUAAAGAAUUGCAGUUUUUCGGAUACCCAAAAUGGAGUGAGGAUCAAGACUUGGGCGCCCUCAUAUCCGAGUAAAGUCAGCAAUGUUAUUUUCGAGGAUGUUGUGAUGACAAAUGUCAAUAAUCCCAUAUUUAUUGACCAGCAAUAUUGUCCUGUUCCUCCUUGUAGCCCUCAGAGCACAUCUUCGGUUGAAAUAAGGAACGUGACAUUCAAAAAGAUAAGGGGGACAUCGAGUUCAAAGGCAGCGGUCACUUUGAAUUGCAGUCCAACACACCCUUGCCAAGAUGUCAAACUUGUGGACAUCAACUUGGUCUACAAUGGUCUCGAUGGCUCGGCCACUUCCUUAUGUUCCAAUGUUCAUGGGAAUGCUGUUGGCCAACAACUCCCUCCGGGUUGUCUUCGUUGAUCAGUUGGCUGUUGGCCAACAACUCCCUCCGGGUUGUCUUCGUUGAUCAGUUGGCUGUUGGCCAACAACUCCCUCCGGGUUGUCUUCGUUGAUCAGUCGGCUUUAUAUUGUAUACCCCUCCUAGCUAGCUAGUUUUUUUCUUUCGUUUUAGUCAUCCAUAGCUUAUUAUAUAUAGUGAUGGCCGAAUACGUACGUCGUUGCUAUCAUUAUAUUGCUCAAAUUUGUUGACAGAAUACUUAUAAUAUAUUGAGCUAAUUUUCUUGACCCUAAUUUUCUGUUGCAAAAGCAUGUAUAUUUGCCCAGCUUCUAUUCCCC